UCACGAUGUUGGGAUGUCUUAUCUUGAGUUGUUAUCAGCACGUGCACGAAUGGCAAAAAGGGGACGGAGGCAGGUUGGCUGGAUGGUAGAUUCUCCGAGAUAAGCGAGAUAAGCGGGAUAAGGGGAAGAAACAAGUAAGUAAGUUCCAGUAGUACUCCGUACAAACAAGCUACAAAGGCCCUCGAACCCAACCCGCAGCGCAGGAAACAAAUGUAAAAUGUCCUUGGCAGUUGCCGAGCCAAGGCAUGUGAAUGUGAAUGUUGAUACAAACCCGAUCUUGCAUUUUUCCAUUGUCGUGCUGUAGUAGUACGGUAGUACGCUGGUGCUGCGCUGGUGCUGCGCUGGUGCUAAGCUGGUGCUCGCUGGUGCUAAGCUGGGAUGGGAUGGGAUGUGCCCCUGAAACGAACGAUGGCAUCCAGCAAAUCCUGUAGGGCCGAUAUAAGAUUGUGCACUGUGCACUGUACACUGCUGCCGUGAUUCAGCCCUCUAACUAUAUUAAUUAUUCUUUAUCCUUUGUUGCCCGUGACCUCUAUUGAGGAACCCGAGUCGGAAGAAACUGAGACCACGCUUGUCUCGUUUAAAGGCUGGUAACCUCAGAAACCGGGCACCACCACGAAGGAAACUACAUUUUCAGGGGACGACGUUACUUCACCUUCCCUCACUUCAACCCUGAAUUGAUCAACCUCGAAAACACUCGCUGCUUCUUCCGUGGCCACUGAGAUCAAUCUGAUCUCCUCCGCCGCGAAAUCAUCGACGUGAAAUUCUCACCGCUUCGUCAAUCGCGGUACAUUGGGGAGAAGGAAGGGACAAAGGAUAGAAGCACACCCGCCUGUUCUGCAUUUAGACUCGAGUCCCCGAGAAAAGGUCGCCUCGCGCAAACCGCAGCAAUGGGCUCAACGCAGUUUGGAAACUUUCAUAAUUUCUGUCGGGAUUCGACCCUUCCUGUUUGCAAUCUCCUGUCUCUGACACAUGAUCAAAAUGGAUUCGGAGGAUGCGAGUUGACCGGAAUCAACCUCCCAGACGGGAAACACCUCGGCAAUAUUGGUUCGAUAAUACUUUGCGGCCUGGCUAUUCUAGUUAGCGGUUACCUGCUAUGGAGGUCUGAAAGGAAGCAAGCUGCCGUCGGCCGAAGGGAGAUGCAGCUGUUUCUGUUGGGCUAUAUUAUCAUUGAGAUCUGCGAAAUCUUCACAGUCGGAGUGUUCCCUCUCAACUACAAAGUCCGAUUGGCCUUCAGUGGAAUACACCUUGGUAUGAUUGUUGCGACGACAUGGAUCCUCAUGCUCAAUGCCGCCGUUGGAUAUCAAAUCAUCGACGACGGCACUCCCAUGUCCAUUGGCCUCAUCAUUGGCUCAGCAGUUGCUCUCUUUGUCGGCACUGGCUAUAUCGCUCUCGAUACGGGUUUCAGAUGGACCGGCCAUUUCGACAGCAGCUUGGUCGGCAAUAACCGCAACAUGGGGCUUUACGUGCUCUACCAACUCGCGCCCAUCAUCUUCCUGGCAGUUUUCAUCGUUUUGGAAUCCAUCCUUGUCUUGAGGGUUCUUGGCGAGAGGAAGCCAAUGAUCUACCUCGCAGCCGCAGCACUCUUCUUCAUUCUUGGACAAAUCUUCAACUACGUCGUGAGCACCCACAUCUGCCACGGAACCAGCGGCAAGAUUGACGGAGCCAUCUUCGAGACGCUAUUCACCCUGCUCUCUGUCGUCACCAUCUGGUACUUUUGGUCGAGCAUCACCGAGGACGACUGGCCAAUGCCAGCGGUUAACUAUCCUUAAAGAAGAAGAAUUAUACCUUAAUCUGGCAUCAUCUGGCAUUCGAGGAGUUUUUGGGCGGUGGGGGUGGGGUUCUGUACAAAGAUUUUAACGGUUUGGACGAAAACCUAUGGAGGCGGAUUUAAUUCAAUUCGCCGAUUUGAUCGAGUUUGCUGGGGAGGAGGAGCAACGCGCGAACACAGCAUAGGUAGCUAAUAUGCCUUAUAUAUCAAUAUGUUGAUGUGUCGGGCUGGGAUAGAGGAUCCCGUCGUGCCCGGGGGACAUUGGGACGAUACUCUUGGACUUUGUUUUAAGGGGAGAGGCUGGUCAAGUAGUGGCCAAGUUUAUAUACCCUUCGUAGCAUAUAUGGUAUGAAUGUAGCAAUGAUUUUAACUAUAUUGGAGA